UCAUAACUGAAAUAUCUAUAACUUUUACAGGUCCUAUAGCCACCUCAGUGGCUAAAAGAUUUGGCAAUAGGGCAACGAUUGCUACCGGUUGCUUUAUGACGGCUGGAGGGUUGAUGGUGACGUCACAAGUAACAUAUAUUUGGCAGAUUUUUCUGUCUCAUUCGCUUGUCACAGGCUGUGGUUUGUGUUUAUUAACUCAGGGAACGGUAUAUGAUUUAGCGAGAAGUUUCAACAAAUCUGCCUCAUUAUAUAUUGGAGUUAUGUAUGCCGGAUCGUCAAUAGGUUUUAUUAUCAAUCCACUUGUAUUUUCUCAAGUGAGGCUAUUGUAUGGUUGGCGCGGAACAAUCCUGAUAGCGAGUGCCGUUUCUAUGAAUAUGUUACCACUUGUUUUACUGUUAUUUCAUCAAAAUGCAAGCAAAGUAAGCAAUUUAGACCAAAAUGCUACUAUGACAGAAGAUCACAGUGGCUAUAAUGAGCACGCGGGUAAUGCUGAUACUUGCGAAACUGGACACGACAACACUGUUCUGACACAUAAGCAGCGAGAUGACCAAUCGGAGGUCCACACCGAUGAAGAAAACGGAGUGGUUGAAGUUGUUCAUCAUAGUGACUGCAUUGAAUAUGCAGAUAAUGCUGGCGUCUGCGACAUGGAUAAACAAGACAAGAUUGGUAUGGAACAUCAGCAAAAUAAUGAAAAACCGGAUAGAAUGUCCAAGUUAGACGAAUUAUCCGAGUUCUCCUCCGAUAAAGAAUGUAGAGCGGUAGUUCGUUCUACUGACAAUAACAUGGAAGAGCAUCAGGAAGAAACGAAGCAACAAGCGCCUUCAGUGCUCAUGCUGUUCAAAAUACCUAGUCUUGUCAUAAUCGCCAUUGUUUAUUUUUUUGGAAGGUUUGCGUAUAUCGGUUUUUUCGUUCACUUUACCGCAAGUCUCAUCUUGAGAGGAUUUUCAGAACAGGACGCCGCUCUUGUGUUUACCGCCUAUGGACUGGGCGGUCUUUUUGGAAAAAGUUGCUGCGCGUUACCUGGCCAAAUGGGUAUUAUGAGUAACUAUAAUUUCUACAUGCUUAGUAUGUUUAUUAUUGGUAUUUGUUUUGUCAUAUUCAGCUCUCUUAUGAACCUGGUCAGUUUAUUGUUUUGUGGAUUCGUAGUCGGCUUCUUUUUAGGCGUUUUUGUCGGUUUAUUUCCAGCAAUAACACAAAGUUGCGUUUCUGAAGAUUGGUUUAAUUUUGCUUACGGUUAUAUUGGAAUACCAACAGGUGUGUCAAGCGCCUUGGGAGGGUAUAUCAUGGGUGCGGUAUAUGACGCGACUGGAGUGUACAACACGUCAUUCUACAUCGCAGGCGUUUGCUUCUUUUUCAACGGUUUCUUAAUGUUCGCCAGUAAAUGUAUUCCAAAAUGUCAAAAUAAAAUAUCAAUGGCACACAAUCUUUAGAAAUCGCAUUGCAGAGGAAAUAGGAAGUCCUUGUACAUGACCGGAAGGGGACUCUGGACGGCAUAAUAGGGAGAUAUCGCAACCUUACAAAAAAAAGAUAAUGAAUAUCGUCAUUAUCAUUAUCAUCAUUCGUGACUGAAACAUUCUUGACAAUACCAAUAUGCUGUACGAACUGAAUAUGAUCUUUGAUUCAUGCAAAAGGCAUGAAUCGCUACGUGCUCAUAGAUAUGCUACUGAAGGGAAGGGUUGUCUAAAAAUUUGAUGACUUAACCGUAUUCGUUAUCGUUUUAAGCUUGCGAAAACUCCAUAUACCGCAGCCGAAGAAACUUUUCAUGUAUCAAAGUAUAUUAUUGUCAUAAACUAAUAAUGGUGUCAUAUUAAUGUAUUUUAUGUCAGUGCUAAAAUGUUAGGCCAAAAUUAAAGAAAAUGUUCCACGAGCUAACUGUACAGUUCCAGCCGCUCGCCCAGUGUUCGGUUGGUUGGUAGAACCAAGUCUUCACGGAAGGACUUAAAAUGGAGGUCCAUCUGGCUCGUGUGCACCUUAAAGAACCUAUUGCAUUUUUCUGAGGAGUAGGGUGUUAAGCCGAUGCUAUGGUUCAUUCCAGCCCCUGCGUUGUGGAAUGAUGUUAACAUGCAGCUACUAUACAGUAAUACUAUAGAUACCAACGGACCAUCCCAUACACAAUUCAGAAGCUGCGAGUUAUGGGUUAUUCUCCUACCUUUACACUUUACCUUUAGGCAUUACACUUAUAUACGGGUCUGUAUCUGACGUACACAUAGUAAAUGUUAAACAAUUUUAUACUGUAAAUUUUUAUUAUGUAACUAUUUACUAUUUUUUAACUUGCUAAUAUUUUAACGUAAUAUGUUGUCAUUUCCAUGUUGUUUUGUCUUGUGAUUUUCAUCUAAAUUUAUCCUUUUUUUUAAUCCAACUGUUGCAAAGGAAAAAACAAUUCCUAUUUUAUAAUGGGACAAUAAAGAUUAAUGCCAAUUAAUUAUUCAAAGUUAGAAAUAGUGUCUACGAUUAAUAAUUACAUUAAGUCUAAUUAUAUAUGUAGGCGUUAAAUGCCUACAAAAUGUAUUUUGAUCAGUUGCUUUAUUAAUAACAUUUGUAUAUGUUUCUCUGGAUGGUUGUUGAAAUGCAGUAAUAAGUUAUAAGCAUUAGUAAGUCCAAAUUAGAUUAGUAAAGCUUUCAUCGUAGAAUAUCAUCUUAUCUUAUCUCAUCUCAUCUCAUCUCUUUUCAUCUCAUCUUAUCUUAUUUCAUCUCAUUUUAUCUCAUUUCAUCUCAUAUUAUAUCACUUCAUAUUAUCUCGUCUCAUC